AGAUACAGCUUCAGUAGUAUGGUAUUCUCAUUCAACAUUGAUGCAUUGUGUAGUUUCUUCAUUUUUUCCUGGUACCGAUCCAUCACCCCCAAAACACAAGUUUUGAUGUUUCCUUUUUCACCGAAUAUCGAUGUAUUUUGACGUGAUUCUUGUAUCUUUGAAUGUCCUGGCUGCUUUCUGUCACACUCAUGAUCGUUCUACUAUUUUCUCUCUCGCUUCUAAGUCUGUAUGCAUGAGGAUACUGCAUCGACGUUUUUAAAAGUAUCUAUGUGCAUAAAGAUCUUGUGGUGAAUUCAUUCUUCUAGCUUGUAAGUUGUGUCUGUCGUGGAGGUUGACUUGUUCAAUCAUCCCUUUUCUUGCUACAACUUCUGGUGAAGAACGAGUGUGACCUUGCUGGAGCAGUUGUUUUUGCUGUCCAAGUGCAAGUCUACCAACAACCUGCCUCCAUAUAAUCGAUUGGUCUUUUACACCAGUUCUUAAAAAGCAACAGCCCGUGGUGCCACGAUGGAGUUGAGUAUUCUGGACUGUUCUGGCUCGUUGCCAGCGGGCUCGAUCCUGAGUAUCAAGGCCGGCGCUAUUCAUUGCCAAUCUGCAAUCAGUUUGGGCAGACCAAUCUAUAUACCGGUGUCAACUAGCACGUUCUUUUCCUCACCCGAUACAAGCUUGUCAUUCGGGAUCUUGCAGGAGGUAGCCGAACGAAGCUCGAUAGGACCUUUGACAAGGGAACAGCUAGCGGCUUCUGGCGGAACAGAAAAGAGUGUAGUCUUCACAGAUCCAUCGACGGGCAAGGAGACUAGCCUCAAGGUGCAAGUCGCACUUCCCAGCGCGGGAGUAAGCAGCUCCUCGUCGCCAUCAUCACCCUCGUCACCGGGAGGUGUGGGUGGAAAGAAACACGGCACCGCCAUAUCAGCUUGCAGGUAACGAAACUAAGUACCUAGUAACUUAAGAUGGAGAAGAAAAACUCAAGCUUAUCAUGCCUCCGUGAAUCAUGGAAGUAAGUAGAAAGUUUUGCCGGGCAUGACCAUGAUCUGUAGCAAGUUUGGGCAUUUCCAUGGAAAGAGCAGAAUUAUAAUUUCAACGUCUAGACUUCUUUAAAUGAUCUGCAGAUAUUUAGAAGAGCACGACAUUGCUGGUGUGGUGCGGAACUUGAUAGCAGCAGUUCUCAAAGAGCGUCCUGAUGAUCCCAUGGGAUGGAUCUAUAAACACUUCGAAGAGCUAGCAUCGAAGACAACCAAAGUGGACGCUACGAGUGGCACGAUCAUUAGUGGUAUUCUGGGUGAUACCAGUGCUAGUUCCGCUGGAGGAGCCACGACGACUACGACGAAGGCGGCAACAAUAGCUUCUUCUGAGCCAGAGAGUAGAGCAGGUGGGGAUGGCGCUACAACGUCAAGUGGUCCUACCAAGACUGGUGGCCGCCCGAUGGUGAGCCAAAAAACUAGCGCGGCAUUGGAUGCCAUUUUAGGUCCAAGGAAUGAUCUGGGAACUAAGCUCGAGCGUUUAGGCAUGGCCGGUAGCAGCCCCAGCAACCAGAAAGCCGAUGUUGCACCGCCGACGGGGCUCGAUGAACUCGAGAAUAUCCCUGAAAGUGACUUCCUACGGCGCGCCUACGUCUUCAGUCGCACACCGAAGGCGACUUUCGACAGGCACGUGCGUCCUAUGUUCAUACGCGUAGAGGUCCGAAAAGGGCAUGUCUUCUGGGAGGAGGGCGCUAGUGUGACAGACGACGAAUGCCUCUACGUUCUUGAGGAAGGACGCAUUCAGGUACAACCAUCAACAUUAGAAAACGCACCAGGGUCAUUGUACAAACAGUACUACGAAUGAAGGUAAGCCAGCAGCAGGAGGCGCCAAUUCCACUACCAUCAAUACAAUAGCAAUAUGUCUAAAUCCUCUAAGCAUAUUGCUACAUACCUCUCAACUUCUUCGUUACCAACCACCAGGUUCGUCGGGAUAAUGUGCUAGUGAACGUAAUUCAGAAGAAAGGCGGCUUUUUCGGCGAGCGUGCUCUAUUGUUAAGGCUGACAAGCAUAGCCACAAUCCACAUCGUCAUAACCUCUCCCUUGAUUAUUUUGUUCUGGUGUAUCAGAAAGUUUGCAAUCCCGUAUGCGCAUCCGUGGUGGUCAACAGUUGAAGACUCAUUUUCACAGACGAUCACGAGUCUAGUACUACUAGGAGCGUAGAAAUUGGUAACUACUCCGUCAGCACUACUUCCAUCGCGCUUCUAAUUCUGUACGACAUGCCUCGACAGGCGCGAUGCGAAGCUGUUGCCGAGAAGAAUGUUGUGUGGCAGCUUGAUAGGGAUACUUUUGAGGAUUAUUUUAAGAACGACCCGGUCGUCGCGAAACACUUUGCUGCUGAGCUAUUUCCUGAGUACUCAAGUCGACCUGUCAUCGACCAGCAGGAGUUCCUGGAGCUGCAGCAAGGACGUUAUCCUGGUUUAGACGUACCGCCAGAAAAAGUGCAGCUCUUCAUGCUGUUGUGCAAAUCACCGUGGAUCUUCUCCAAGAUGGAGACAACAGCGGAAAUGACCGAUCUCCUCAGCGCCUUCAGUGUGCAGCACGUCGACGAAUGGAUGCCCAUGUUCUACCGCACAAAAACAGAACCUGUUUAUCCAGAAAUUAAGAGCCGCAUAUUUUUUUUACUCUGUUAAUUUUGAUCCGUUGACUCUACUGCACAACAAAGAGAGAUGGUUUUACCAUUUCAUAUUUCGGUUUUGCCUUCAUCAAGAAAGAACAUUUUUAGCAACUUCAGCCAGUCCUUUGCUGGUGUAAUAAAUUUGGCGUCAUUGACAACAAAUUUUUCCUGUGACGACCCGUUUCCUCCUUCAUAUGUCUGAACAAGAACGGAAAGAUUGUCUGGUUUACGGAGGGAGAGCCGCUGAGCAACAACGAGCGGAUGUACGUGAUCGAAAGCGGCACCGUUGAUGUGCUCCAAAACGGGCGGCGAAUAAACGUGUGUCGAACAGGGGACGUCCUCGGAGAACUCGGCAUGGUUUUUGAUCUACCCAGACAGUGCACAUGCGUCCUGCAGGAACCCAAGGCCAAGUUCUGGGCACUGAGCCGCGAUGAUUUCGACAACCUACUGAGAUCCAACGACAAAUUUAGUUCUGGAAAGUACAGCAGCCUCUUCUACCGCAUGUAUCCAGCGAGAAAACUUAGCGACGGCUCAGUAGCCAGCUUGGGAGGCGCGGGAGGACGCGGUAAUAGUACUGCAUCAAGAAUUGAUGCUAUACUAAAUAAGUAAUCCUGUGAACGUCUUGUUGAAAAACACAACCUAGGUAUUCAUUGGGACUGGAAUUAAGUAUCUGAAAGCAAGACUGUUCUUACAAUGAAUCUUUUCCAGUCACACCAGGGGAGAAAGGCCCGUUGAUGAUGUGUAUGAUCUGAUUUUUUCACAAUUUCUCGUUCUCCAGGUGGAGCUGCAGGUGGAGGAUCCGCGUCGGAUGACGAGGAUAAACCCCUUGCGAUGGGCAAAAUGAUGUCUGACACGGAAGUUUUUCAGAAAGAGCGGAAAAAUCUGCGUGGCCUCUUGAAGACAUUGUGGGUCUUCAAAUAUCUGAACGCUGAAGACUUUAGGGCACUCGCGUUCCGCUUCGAGUUGGAAGAAAUCCACUGCGCUGCCAAGAGAUACUCCAUGCGCAUGGAAGAUGGUAAAUUAGACUUCCUAUUUUUUGUUUCACUAGAGAUUGUUGUAAAUGAGAACUAAAAAAGUCGCUCCUUGUGCUCGCGGUCAACAUGGCGCUCCUCUCAAUUCAUCAUCACCAUGCAUAAUCAAUCCCCGCAGGCGGUCGUAAGUUCUGCUUGCUUCGUGAGGGUGAAGGCGCGGACGUGAACGAUUUCAUGUAUGUGAUUGAGUCCGGCGUUAUUGACGUGGAACAAGAUGGGCGCCCCCUUCGGACUCUGGGCCCUGGUGAUUUGUUCGGCGAACUUGCACUCAUCUACGGCCUCCCGCGUCAAGCGUCAUGCUUUGCCGUUUCCCCGUCUGUCAAAUUGUGGCGCCUCUCAAGAGACGCCUUCCAGGAACUGAUUGUUAUGACAUCUGAGUACAUCUACACCACGUAUUAGAAAUUCAAACGGCGUCGAAACAAAGGAACGAUAUUGCUGCAAUCAAAGGUUGUAUCAGUAUGAUCGUUUAAUUUUGUUGCACGCACGAAUGUCAGUGUUGUAGUUGGUAGCCUAAUUGUAAGCUGACCUAUGUAGUUGUAAGUACUUGUCUCUUCAUAGAUUAUUCCCUUCAUUCCGCGUUGUAGCGAGGAAAUCACGAGUGGGAAGUGGGCGUCCGAAUAUUACAAGAUUUACGGCGAACGCAAGAUCGAGGACUUGCAUUUAGAGGAGGAGCGCACACACAUUGCGCAGAUGCUGAAGCACCACAACUGGUGCUUUCGCUACCUGAGCGUAGAUGAUUUAGCGACACUUGUGCGCAAGAUGGAGAGGGAAGAAUUGAGUAAGGAUCCGUCGGAUUCGGAGAAAAACGUCAUUCUUACGGAAGGGGCGGCCUUGGGGACAGACUCGGGCUUGUACCUGAUUGAAUCAGGCCAGUUCGAGUGCUUCCAGUCAGACCGCUUAGUGAACACGUUGAAGCGAGGAGACGUCUUUGGAGAAUUGGGCAUGGUUUACGGUAGAAAGUUGCGCUUUUUGUUUUUUUUUUGUCGAGAGCAGUAUGUCUACGGUGUAGAUAGAUCGCCGUCGAGAACUUUACUUUCAAGUUCAAUCCGUUGGGCCUAACGGGUCGCAGGUCCUUCACGACAAGAGCCCGAGACUGCGACAACUAUAUACAGCUGGUCAAGCAUCUGUCUUUCUCUGUCUGAUCUAGUAUCUUCAGUCCAUUCGCAACUUCCAACCAAUCGCAAGAAAAUCUACCCGCUCCUGAACUACGAACAGGUCUUACUCGACAAGCAUCCGUUAUCUUAGCCAGCGACACGGCAGUGCUUUGGAAGGUCAGCUACGAUCUCUUCGAGAAAUAUAUGUCGAUGAAUAACGAAAUCACGUCGAGGCCAGAGUACUAUCGCUCGUAUGUCCAACCAGACGCGCCAACGCUGUUGGAAGAGGAGGAACCGAUGAUGAUGGGAAAAACUGUGUCAGAAAAGGUAACAAGAUGUUGAUGUAGCUUCAAAUUUUCCUUUUUUCACGAACUUCUACAUCAUGAUUUUCAAUUAUGUAAUCGGGCGUUCACAGUCCUAGUAAGCGAUCGUCUUACUGAUCAUCAUCAUUUUGAUUAUACACGUCAGGAAAAAUGAUUUUUGUGGAAAAACCUUCCUGUGUGGUCCUCCCCAUUGUUUGAAGCAAUACUUCUCCGAGUUCGACGUCCACCUCAGGUGAGUACUCUUCGAUUGGGACUGAUGCUGGAGCGUAUUUGGGUGUUUCAGCAUCUCUCCGACUCGGAAAGACGGAAUUUGUUGACGCGUUUCGAGCGCGUGAGGAAGAACAAGAAUGCGGUAUCAAAACUUCGGCUACUCCAAGAAGGUGACGAAGCAAACGACGACGGCGACAAUCAUAUGUACCUCGUCGAGAGUGGUGAAGUGGAGGUGCGGAAAGGUAAUGAUGAAGAUCGCAGUCGUGACGUAGUAAGUUGUGAUUCUUUUGCAGCCUAUAGUCAUCUGGUUCCACGUGGAACAAAUGGAAAAAGUUGUUUUCAAUUUCACUUGUUGGGUUUCACCCAAUAAAUGAUUCUACUCAAUUUUUCGGUUCGAGCUAGAAGACCUAGAAGAACAUCAAAUGUUGGCUUACUUCACUUACCACAGGCGAUCGCUGCGUCGCGCGACUCACAGAGGGCGAUAUCUUCGGAGAACUAGCACUGAUCUACGACACGCCUCGGCAGGCUAGCUGUAACCUGACUAGUGAGAGCGCAGUUUUGUGGAGACUGCACAGAGAAGACUUCGAUGAAGUGAUCCGAAAUAACGAGAAAUUAACUACCUCCUCGGAAUUUAGCAAACUUUUCUACCGAACCUACACUGACGAGGGUGACGCGUCGAAGGCGACUGCAAGUGAAAAGAAUCAGGUAAGUAAUUGAAUAGAAGGAGGAUUUCCAUCUUGACGCUCUCUCCAUUUCCCUUAUCAAGGGACCACUCGGUUGAAUCAAUCAUGCAUAGAGAUUGCGUUCUAAAUAGGUUUUUGUUUGCUCUAUGAUCAAAGGAUGAAAAUUCCAACGACUUUAUAUAAGUAAUAUAGUAUGCAUAGUUCGCUAAGUGGGGGUUGCAACACAUCUAUUUCACGUCUAGGCUGACGAUCCUUCCGUCGUUGCAGACCGCGUUCGUUCCGAGCUGUCGACAGUUUUAACCGAUCCUUCGCACGUCACUGCCACAUUGAUCGAUGCUGCCGUCGCGGCGCUCCCGAGUUCCAAGAAGCUUCGGCUCACAGCAAAGGGAACAAGCGUCCCAAUUUCGGUGAUGAAACAGAAGUCAGGAAGUGGCGGCAACAAGAACGGCGUUGGAGCGAUCAUCUACUACAUCGAGAGCGGCGCGGCGAUGUUCUUCGAGAAAAACCAACCUGUGAGUUCCAAGAGCGCUGGUGAGGUAUUUCUCUCAGAGCUGUUGGAUCGCAGCUUCAUCGACUACUUGGACCUGGACGAUCUCACUGCAGAGAGCAGUAGGGAAGACACGGUGCUCUGGCAGAUUCCUGUCGGUAAUGUGGACGGUCUUGCCACAGCGGCCGCUUCGGCACCAUCUACUCACAGUGGCACCGCAUCCACUUCAGAGGAAGACUCAAACUACAAACUCCUGCGUGAGGCAAGUCAGGCAGCGCUAAACGAGAUCUACAGCAACAUCAAAUAACUGGAGAAGACAACUAGAAGAAAAAGCUCCUAGGUGGACCUUUGUUUGGUUUUCUGCAAUCGAAUGUCAUAGGUUUAUUAUAGUACAAGUACUCCUACUGAUGUAUUCGCGACGUUCAUUUUUUUAUCUUCGUCAAACACACAUGUUGAGGCUCAAAAUCAAUGCUCUACAUUCACAACUCGGGAGGUAUUUAAAUCUGGGUACGGCUAUUACGUUUUCUACUCAUUUUCUUGUCGCAUCAUGAACAGGGGCAUAGGAGCACAUAUUACACAUUUAAUGCUGUAGUGAAUAGGAUUAGAUUUAGUAGCAUUUAAAAAUGGAAGCAAGAAUGAUAUAAAGUGUGUCGCUCAAAAUAUUUCACCAACAUAUUAAUAUUCAUUAUAGGCAAUUUCAAUAGCUCAAUCCUCAUAAUGUCUAAUAUCUAUCUGAUCCAACAAAAUCGUUACAUCAAUUAUUCCACAUGGAUCAUUCUUCCUCUCGAUGAAAGCAAAAGUCGACAUUUAGAUUUAUCACAUUCUAGUAUGAUUAAUAAGGCUCAACUUUCAUUAGUCAUUGGGGUUGGUCACUGAGAUCGAAGAGGCGACCCCUUGAGAGAACAGGGGAAAACGAAGGGAAAGGGGGAGAGCUUUGCAGGUGGUCUCUUCCGUUUGGCAUCAGUGGCCACUGACUGCUGGCCUUUGAUAUGAGUAAGACAAUGUGCGCACCACGUGCAUUGCUCAUGAUGUAAGUGUAAUGUAAAUCUAAGGCGAUUGCUAUCUUCUCGGUAUAAUACAAUCGAGAGUUUCAACGAUUCGCGAUCGAAACCAAUUUGUAGUACAUGAAUUAGGUUGCUGCAUUGCUCAUUCAAAUACGAAUUCUGGGAGGCAGAAGUAGUCGCGCCAUCAGUCUUCAACCUUAUUCUUUUUGUUUGACACUUUCAGUUUGAAGCAAGAAAUAGAGUACAGUAUUCCUUACGUAGAACAAGUGAUAGUUGAAAUCGUGUUUCGGUUUCGAUAUUUCCAGCACUACAAAAUAUCACGUGCUGACUGGAGUGCAGACGCGGAGACAGAUAAAGAUUCUCAUCAUUCAUAUUUUCAUCUUCUGAGUCCUUUUUAAGUAUCUCUUUUUUGUUGGGAAAUUUUGUCUCGCUCGACGUGGAGGACGUGUGGAUGUAUGCAAAUAUAUCCAUAAACGAUGCGGAGUAUAAUGUGCAUACCAGAAUCAAUUAAACCUCCUCCAAAAGCCGCGUGGAGAUGAUUUGCCGACGACCUGUUGUGUUUUUCAUGGAUCGAUCCGCAUAUCUUUACACGAAUACGGUGACCCGCGGCGGCAUUUUCACAGGCAACGUCUUUUCGGCGCAUUGCUUUGGCGGUAUGUAACAGUAGCGGAAAACAUUCAAGUCAAGAGCCCGGCGAGACAAACAUGCUUUAGCACGAUCGAGCCGAUAAUACGUGGUGAUGCGCCAACGUGCACGUGCUGAAUCUGAUAUAUAGACAGAUACAAACAAAAAUUUGGGCGAGAAUCUGUAUAGCUGGGAUUGCAAAAGCACCAAGCGGAGAAAUUUCACAGUGUCCUCGUCUACUUACCACGAGAGAGUGCACUUGCUCUCGUAGGGACUGAUACGUCACUAGCAAAUAGAUUCAGAUAUCUUUUGGGUCCAACAAUCUCGAUGUGAACCUUCAUCAUUUUUUUACCUGAAAAACAUUUUCCGCAUUAAAAUUGAAAUUGAUUAAAAAUUGAUUUCUUUGGAUUAUUAAAAAUAUCUGGGGUGUUACUGUUUUGGUUUUCAUCAGCACUAUCAUGUUCAUGAUCCUUUCGUUUGCUUUCGUUGCCGGCGUGAGCGCCCGGCUUUCGUCUUUCCGUCGAGUCUUUCUGCAGGCCUUAUGCUUGUCGGCGAUUUUUGAGAUUGGCGUCUUUGUGCAUGCCUAGCAGAAUGGCACGUGCUCAAAGCUGGGAUACCCAAUCGACUACGUGAAAUGCGAGGACGGGGUGUGCCGCUCACGAGUGAUCACGGAUCUUCUUUCCGAUGUGUCUGAUCCCUUCGGCUGCCGAAAUUUUGGAGAAGACGAUAGAUUUGCCGACUCUCCUGUACCAGAAUGGGCCGACCUGAACCCUGGGAGUGGGUGUGUUGAGAAAUCCCCGGGCACGGGAAUCGGCUCGGUGAAUCGCACAGAGUCUAUUCGCUACGAAUGCUAUAGCAGCGCACAGACGUUGAAAUUUCUGAACACUGCCGACGGAAGCUUGCUGAAUUUAGAUAGAUGACUAAACCCGAAACCCUAAGACUCUGGGCAAGGACGUGGCUGGCUCACUCGAAGAUGAGAUAUCAGGCCUGACGUCUGUCGUUGCGACCUUUAACAGCAUCCGUCCACCAAAGAUGUCUCUGUCGUGCAAAAAGUGCACUACUACUUGCAGCCUGAGCGAAGUCGGAAAUUUCGUUCGACAAUUUCUGACAGUUUUCAUCAAUCACGUACCUUCGAUUCUAGCUCUGACCUUUGUGGACCUUUUCAACAAGUUAUGCGCAGAUGCGUUAUUCUUGGUGGCGUCAAUCGUCUCGAUUCAGACCACACUGGAACUGUC